GGAGCAGCACCGAGUUCUGCAGCACAAGGGGCCCAGGUCCUGAGUGACAGAAGUGUUAGAGGUGGUGCCCAGCAGCCUUUGAGGUCUCCUAGAGGGUCUGCUCCCGAGGAUGGGUCUCCAGGGGACAUUCUGCUUCCCCCUGGGGCUCCUGCUUGGCUCUGUGCUUUUGGUGGCAUCAGCCCCAGCCACUCUCGAGCCUCAGGGCUGCAGUGACAAGGAGCAACAAGUCACUGUCAGUCACACCUACAAGAUCGACGUGCCCAAGUCUGCUCUGGUCCAGGUGGAAACUGACCCUCAGCCCCUUAGUGAUGAUGGGGCCUCGCUCCUGGUCCCCGGGGAGGCUGAGGAACAGAACAUCAUCUUUAGGCACAACAUCCGCCUGCAGACACCACAGAAGGACUGUGAGCUGGCAGGCAGCGUCCAAGACCUCCUGGCCCGGGUGAAGAAGCUGGAGGAAGAGAUGGCGGAGGUGAAGGAGCAGUGUAAUGUCCAGCGCUGCUGCCAAGGAGCUGCUGGUGCGAGCCCCCCCUGCAGCGGCCACGGGAGCCUCUCGCCGGACACCUGCGGCUGCCGCUGCGACGAGGGCUGGGAGGGCGCGGCCUGCGAGCGGCCCGCCUGCCCCGGGGCCUGCAGCGGCCACGGCGUGUGCGUGCGCGGCGUGUGCAGGUGCCACGAGGACUUCACGUCCGAGGACUGCAGCGAGCGGCGCUGCCCCGGCGACUGCAGCGGCCACGGCUUCUGCGACACGGGCGAGUGCUACUGCGAGGAGGGCUUCAGCGGCCUGGACUGCGCGCACGUGGUGGCUCCCCAGGGCUUGCAGCUGCUCAAGAGCACCGAGAAUUCCCUGCUGGUGAGCUGGGAGCCCUCCAGCGAGGUGGACCACUACCUCCUCAGCUACUACCCUCUGGGGCAGGAGCUCUCUGGGAAGCAGAUCCAGGUGCCCAAGGAGCAGCACAGCUAUGAGAUCCUUGGUUUGCAGCCUGGAACCAAGUACAUAGUUACCCUGCGCAACGUCAAGAAAGAAGUUUCCAGCAGCCCACAGCAUCUGCUUGCCACCACAGAUCUUGCUGUGCUUGGCACCGCAUGGGUGACAGAUGAGACUGAGAACUCUCUGGAUGUGGAAUGGGAGAACCCCCCGACUGAGGUAGACUACUACAAGCUGCAGUAUGGCCCCCUGACAGGACAGGAGGUGGCCGAGGUCACCGUGCCCAAGAGCAGUGACCCCAAGAGCCGAUAUGACAUCACUGGUCUGCAGCCUGGGACAGAGUAUAGGAUCACCGUGGUGCCCAUGAAAGGAGAACUGGAGGGCAAGCCGAUUCUCCUGAAUGGCAGGACAGAAAUUGAUAGUCCAACCAAUGUGGUCACUGAUCGUGUGACAGAAGACACAGCGGUGGUCUCCUGGGCCCCAGUCCAGGCCACCAUAGAUAAGUACGUGGUGCGCUAUACCUCUGCUGAUGGGGAUACCAGGGACAUGGCGGUACCCAAGGAGCAGAGCAGCACCGUCCUGACGGGCCUGAAGCCGGGAGAGGCAUACAGGGUCUACGUGUGGGCUGAGAGGGGCAACCAGGAGAGCAAGAAAGCCAACACUGACGCCCUCACAGAAAUUGACAGCCCAACAAACCUGGCCACUGACCGGGUGACAGAGGACACGGCCACCGUCUCCUGGGACCCAGUGCAGGCCAUCAUCGACAAGUACAUGGUGCGCUAUACGUCUGCUGAUGGGGACACAAGGGAGGUUCCAGUGGGGAAGGAGCAGAGCAGCACUGUCCUGACGGGCCUGAGGCCAGGUGUAGAGUACACGGUCCAGGUGUGGGCCCAGAAGGGGGCCCGGGAGAGCAAGAAGGCUGACACCAAGGCCCCAACAGAAAUUGACAGCCCCAAAAACCUGGUGACUGACCGGGUGACAGAGGACACGGCCACCAUCUCCUGGGACCCGGUGCGAGCGGUUAUCGACAAGUACAUGGUGCGCUACACAUCUGCUGAUGGGGACACCAGGGAGGUUCCAGUGGGGAAGGAGGAGAGAAGCACUGUCCUGACGGGUCUGAAGCCAGGUGUGGAGUACACGGUCCAGGUGUGGGCUCAGAAGGGGGCCCGGGAGAGUAAGAAGGCUGACACCAAGGCCCCAACAGACAUUGACAGCCCAACAAACUUGGUGACUGACCGGGUGACAGAGAACACAGCCACCAUCUCCUGGGACCCAGUGCAAGCAAUCAUUGACAAGUACAUGGUGCGCUAUACAUCUGCUGAUGGGGACACGAAGGAGGUUCCAGUGGGGAAGGAGGAGAGCAGUACUGUCCUGACAGGCCUAAGGCCAGGUGUGGAGUACACGGUCCAGGUGUGGGCCAAGAAGGGGGCCCAGGAGAGCAAAAAGGCCGACACCAAGGCCCCAACAGACAUUGACAGCCCAACAAACCUGGUGACCGACCGGGUAACAGAGGACACGGCCACCAUCUCCUGGACUCCCGUGCAGGCCGUCAUCGACAAGUACAUGGUGCGCUAUACGUCUGCUGAUGGGGACACAAGGGAGGUUCCAGUGGGGAAGGAGCAGAGCAGCACUGUCCUGACGGGCCUGAGGCCAGGUGUAGAGUACACGGUCCAGGUGUGGGCCCAGAAGGGGGCCCGGGAGAGCAAGAAGGCUGACACCAAGGCCCCAACAGAAAUUGACAGCCCCAGAAACCUGGUGACUGACUGGGUGACAGAGGACACGGCCACCAUCUCCUGGGACCCGGUGCGAGCGGUCAUCGACAAGUACAUGGUGCGCUACACAUCUGCUGAUGGGAUCACCAGGGAGGUUCCAGUGGGGAAGGAGGAGAGAAGCACUGUCCUGACAGGCCUGAAGCCAGGUGUGGAGUACAUGGUCCAGGUGUGGGCUCAGAAGGGGGCCCGGGAGAGUAAGAAGGCUGACACCAAGGCCCCAACAGACAUUGACAGCCCCAAAAACCUGGUGACCAACCAGGUGACAGAGAACACGGCCACCAUCUCCUGGGACCCGGUGCAGGCCAUCAUCGACAAGUACAUGGUGCGCUACACAUCUGCUGAUGGGGACACCAGGGAGGUUCCAGUGGGGAAGGAGGAGAGAAGCACCGUCCUGAUGGGCCUGAGGCCAGGUGUGGAGUACAUGGUCCAGGUGUGGGCUCAGAAGGGGGCCCGGGAGAGUAAGAAGGCUGACACCAAGGCACCAACAGAAAUUGACAGCCCCCAAAACCUGGUGACCAACCGGGUGACAGAGGACACGGCCACCAUCUCCUGGGACCCGGUGCGAGCGGUCAUCGACAAGUACAUGGUGCGCUACACAUCUGCUCUUGGGGACACCAGGGAGGUUCCAGUGGGGAAGGAGCAGAGCAGCACUGUUCUGACGGGCCUGAGGCCAGGUGUGGAGUACACGGUCCAGGUGUGGGCCCAGAAGGGGGCCCGGAAGAGCAAGAAGGCUGACACCAAGGCCCUGACAGACAUCGACCCUCCCAAAAACCUUCGUCCAUCUGCUAUAACACAGUCUGGAGGGGUGUUGACCUGGACAUCCCCCUCUGCUCAGAUUGAUGGCUACAUUCUCACCUACCAAUUCCCAGAUGGCACCAUUAAGGAGAUACAGCUUGGAAGAGGGGAUGAGAGGCUCGAGCUGCAAGGCCUUGAGCAGGGCAUCACCUACCCUGUCUCCUUGAUCGCCUUUAAGGGUGAUCGCCGGAGCAGGAGUGUCUCCACCACCCUUUCCACAGUUGGUGCCCGCUUUCCACAUCCUUCAGACUGCAGUCAAGUUCAACAGAACAGCAAUGUUGUCAGCGGUCUAUACACCAUCUACCUGCAUGGUGACGCCAGCCGGCCCCUGCAGGUGUACUGCGACAUGGACACGGAUGGAGGCGGCUGGAUUGUAUUCCAGAGGCGCAACACUGGGCAGCUGGAUUUCUUCAAGCGCUGGCGCACCUACGUGGAAGGUUUCGGGGACCCCAUGAAGGAGUUCUGGCUUGGACUUGACAAGCUACACAAUCUCACCACUGGCACCCCGACCCGGUAUGAAGUAAGAGUAGACCUACAGACUGCCAAUGAAUCUGCCUAUGCCGUAUAUGAUUUAUUCCAAGUGGCUUCCAGCAAGGAGAGGUACAGGCUCACAGUUGGGAAAUACAGAGGCACAGCAGGGGAUGCUCUUACUUACCACAAUGGAUGGAAGUUUACAACUUUUGACAGAGACAAUGAUAUUGCCCUCAGCAACUGUGCCCUGACACAUCAUGGUGGCUGGUGGUACAAGAACUGCCACUUGGCCAACCCCAAUGGCAGAUAUGGGGAGACCAAACACAGUGAGGGGGUGAACUGGGAGCCAUGGAAAGGACAUGAAUUCUCCAUUCCUUACGUGGAGCUGAAAAUCCGCCCUCAUGGCUACAGCGGGGAGCAUGUCCUGGACAGAAAGAAGCGGACACUGGGAGAAAAUUCGAGAACGUUCUGAUGGCCUAUUGGAGCAGUUGUCACAUGAGACAAGACCAGCCCAGGGUUGGGGCUGUGAGGGCUUGGGGCAGGGUGGGUAGUGGUGACUGGUUAUUGCAAGUUUGAGGGAUGCUCCUGGCCCCUGGUUUCUGAGAUGGCUGGAUAACCUGCAGGACAAAGCAUGUUAUCAAGCUUCAGACAAAUCAGGUUACUUCCCUAUCACCUGCGUUUUUGCCCAUUUGUAUUGGGGGUCUGAAAAUCAGCCAGUAGUAGCAUAUGAGGAAGACAGCACUGGACUACAAGGUUUUUCAGUCUAUCUUUAGUAACAAAUACAUGAGAUUGGAGGGGGGAAGAGGAAAAAAAGAAUCAUCUAGCACUUCACCAAUUGGAAAUCUCUGGAAAUUGGUAUAUGUAUUAUAUAUAAAAAUAUAUAUAAAGCUCCUCUACUAGAAAUCUUUUCCUUAGAAAAAAAGCACCAAGGAGGGGUUCUCUUUGAUGGCCAAGGGGCUAAAGUAGUCUGAUGCUGGUCACCUGCCAUUACCACUGGGCUUUGAGGGAAAAGCUGUAAACCUCCCCCUGUUUAAAAAAUGCUAGUAUUAGGAGGAAGAGUACAGGGAACCACGAGGGACCAAGAUGGAUUCCCAUCUAGCUAAGCUCUGACCAGCAUGCUGGAGACCAAGCUUCUGUGUUACUCUUCUUCUCAAGAGCCACCUUCCCACCUAUUUGCAUAAUCACUUUCAUAGAUCUACAUGUGUUGUGAAUAAAUUCUCACUCAUUUCAACUUUAAAUAA